AUGUGUAGCUCCGAUUGUUUCCUGGCCUUCCUGGCCAUUUUAUUUCCACCUAUUGCUGUCUGGAUUAAGGCGGGAAUCUGCUCUGCUGACUCGUUUAUCAACAUUGCCCUCUGCCUGUUGGGCUUCAUUCCCGGCCUAAUUCAUGCCUGGUAUAUCAUCGCUAAAUUCCCCGAGCCCGACUAUGACGAUGCUGCCUAUGAGCCCAUCCCCGGUGGCUCAAGCCAACGUCGCGACCUUGAGGACGGUCGCGUGACGUACUAUUACGUUUCACACCAACCUCCCCAGAACCCCUCCCAAACCCGAUCUUACGGCGCCGUUCAGCAGCAGUCUCAGAACGCUCAGUCCAAGCCUGCGGGCACACAGGUUGUUGCUAGCAGCAGCAAUGGAGGAACUUCCGAGGCACGCCCACCACCCACAUACGCCGAGGCGGUGCAGGGUGAUCACAAGAUCCAAUCCCAGGAUUAA